AUGGUUCGAGCUGCAUCAUUUCCAAGCUGCGAAAAGCCCUGCAAUCGACUACCCCGAACCACGACGAGGACGUUUAGCCAAGAGCUCAUCGCCCCGCAGAUUGUCGAGUUCUACUCAAAGGAAGGGAUCUUCUUAGGCGAUAAGAGGUCACUGGAGGUUGUCAUACGCGACGUGACAGGCAUUCCUACCAGGGCUUUACGAGAUACACCAUUAUCCGACUUUACGACUUCUGAACGCGAGGCGUGGAUACGCAACCGGGAAACAAAGUAUGAGGAAGACAUGGUAUACUCGCUGCUUGGGAUAUUUGGCGUUUACAUGCUACUCAUCUAUGGCGAGGGUCGCGAACAAGCACGGAGAAGAUUGCGAGAGGAGGUCCAGAAAUCUGUGAAAGGCACUCACUACAACAAGUUCUCGAUCAGCUUCAGCCUUUCUGGCGUCCCCGAGACUCCACAUUUCGUAGCAAGAGACGGGGAAGUAGCCGAGAUGCGAAGAAUGCUAUGCUCGGAUGGAAGCCGUCGCAUUGUCGUGCUACAUGGUCUCGGCGGCAUUGGCAAGACACAGCUGGCUGCGACGUAUAUAAACCGAUAUCGGGACGAGUACUCGGCCAUCUUCUGGCUCAAUAUCAAGGAUGAAGCGUCCAUCCAACAGAGCUUUGCUAGGAUCGCAACGCAGAUCCUGGAGCAGAAUGCCAAUGUCGGCAGCCUCAAGGGACUGAACCUACAGCAAGACCACGACGAGAUUAUCCAGGCCGUAAAGGCGUGGCUCAGCUUGCCAGGUAACACGCGAUGGCUCAUUGUGUAUGAUAACUACGACAACCCAAAGCUUCCAGGGCGGAAAUCCGAUGCAGCGAUUGAUAUACACCAGUUUCUGCCGACGGCAUAUCAGGGCUCAGUGAUAAUUACAACACGGCUGUCGCAAAUUGACAUAGGACAUCACAUUCGAAUUGAGAAACUCAAAUCCGAACACGAGAGCCUACAAAUACUUUCAAAGACAUCAGGCCGAAUUGGCUUACAAGAUAAUGGUGAUGCAAAAGACCUUGUGCGAGAAUUGGACGGGCUUCCACUGGCUCUGGCUACUGCUGGAGCAUAUCUGAAGCGCGCCCCGAUCAGCAUACCCAAGUACCUUCGAUACUACAAGGAAUCUUGGGCAAGACUUACUGGUAAUCUGCAUCUCGGAUCCUAUGCAGAUCGUACCUUGGCUACAACAUGGCAGCUCUCAUAUGAACAUGUUCAAACACAAAACCCACUUGCGGCUCAUCUGCUCCAGUGGUGGGCCUACUUCAACAACGAAGACAUAUGGUAUGAUCUCAUCCAGGCUAGCAACGAAGACGGCCCCAUGUGGAUGAAGCAGCUUUCAGGAGAGCUCAACUUCAACGAUGCGAUGGGCGUACUCUACGACUACAGCCUUGUCGAACCUACAACCAUAUUCCAGGAGAUACAAGGGUACAGUAUACAUGGUUGUCUGCAUUCAUGGACGGUCCAUAUAUUGAACGAGGAGUGGGACAGCGCCUUGAACAAGCUUGCAGUCGAAAGCGUGGCGUCGCAGGUUCCAUCCAACAUUGAAGCUGAAUAUUGGCUGCUUCAGAAGCGACUAAUUCCACAUGCAAUCCGGUCUUGUUCAACAGUACGGGAGAGCGAUAUUCCUUCGAACUGGGCUUUCCAUUCUCUAGGCUAUCUUUAUUCUGACCAAGGAAAGCUGAACGAGGCCGAGAAGAUGUACUUGCGAGCGCUCCAUGGAUACGAGAGAGCUGUGGGACUUGAUAAUGUCACGAUAUAUCGACCAGCGAUUAACACCCUUUCGAACCUAGGAUCUUUACGGUUUGAACAGAACCGUGUGAGUGAAGCGCGGCGAUAUUAUCGACGUGCUCAUGAUAGCCUUGAGCAGCUCCUCGGGCCAUCGCAUCCGGCUGUCCAAUCAGCGCGACAAACUCUCGAGCUUACAAAUGUCGCCGUUGAAGCUGUGACGUCUUCAAGUGAUGACCAACAUUUGGCAGAUCCAACACAACCCCAGGUGUCGAAGACGAGGCGACAAGAGAAGCUGAAGCGGGUCCUAGGUCUUCAUAUGAAGUAG